AUGUCUCACCACGAUAUUUCCGACGCAGAGUCGCGUAAUCGCCUCCCUACACUCUUCGAGGUUCUCAGCCGCCGAACCCUCGCUCCGGUCGAUCUCUUUUCGUUCUAUAUUUACAUGCGGGAUCAACAGCGCUCUGUGGACUACCUAGAUUUCUGGCUUGAUGUAUCUCAGCACAUGCUAUUGUGUCGACACUAUGUCCGAGAACUCCGACGUUCUGUCCUGGUCGCGACCCCCGACAUUGAACGAGCCGACAGCAAACAAUCAUCUGCCAUGCUAGACAAUUUGGAGAACUUGGGCGACAUUCCACUGGAAGAGGCCGGGCCUUCUCGCCUAAGACCCGGAUUCCAAGAAAACGAGAAGGACAGAGACGCUGAUCACCGAUUGUCUGCCUUCCUUCGCUCCGAGGGCGCCACUUCAUCACCCUCCCGACAAAAUAGCUUGGGCUCGUCUGAGGAAUCAGCUCACCGAAUUCCCUCGAACGAAGACGGCCGUCAGACGCCAGACUCACGGAACAACGACUCAAACUCUCCCGGUCACACCGUCGACCGUAAUGAUAUCCGCGCCAGUGCCGAAAAGAUCCUCUACACCUAUCUUCUUCCUGGCUCCGAACGAGAAAUCAUGCUUCCCGAAUCAAUGGUUUCCACAAUUAUCAACCUAGUCGAAGACGACGGCCGAGAUGAUCCCGAGGUUUUCGACCCCGCUAAGGAUUAUGUCUUCCAGGCUAUGGAACGUGAUGCUUUCCCCGGAUUUUUGCAGGCAAAGGCUUUGGGAAACAUGGUUCCUCUGAGCACUAUCUUGCGCCUUGCCUUUGCUCUCAUCAGCUUCGGCGGAGGUUUCUGGGGUGCAUUCUACGUCGUGCUCAGAAACAAGCCUCGCAACAUCCGCUGCUGGAUUAUCCUUCCAUUCGCCGUCGCUUCAUAUUUCAUCAUCUCAUACCAGUACAAGAUCGAUCCUGUAAUGGCGAUCUUAGGAUACAGUGAAUACACCUUUAUGAACUGGGCCCCGAUUCGCGAGCCCUAUGUUCGAAAGCUUCUGAACAAGCGUGCCCUCGUCACUGCUAUGAUCGCCUUCCUGACAGCGGCUGCCUUGAGCAUUUUGUUCAUUUUCGUCCCUGGUACCAUGCUGUGA